CCGUCCCAGUAAGCGCGUUCCGCAGGGAUGCUGUCGCACCAGCUGAAGCAGCACGUGAUCGACGGGGAGAAAACCAUCAUCCAAAACCCCUCGGACCAGCAGAAGAAGGACCACGAAAAAGCCGAAUUCGAGGUGCACGAAGUCUACGCCGUCGACGUCCUCGUCAGCAGCGGCGAGGGGAAGGCGAAGGACGCGGGGCAGAGAACCACGAUUUACAAGCGGGACCCCUCCAAGCAGUACGGGCUGAAGAUGAAAACCUCGCGCGCCUUCUUCAGCGAGGUGGAGCGGCGCUUCGACACCAUGCCCUUCACCCUCCGGUAAUCCCGGGAAUUCCACCUGGGAUGGGGCU